CGCCCAACCGGAAGCCUUCCUUUAACGACUUCAGUUUUUCCUGCAUCGGUUCUCUUCUGUGAACGGCCCGAAAACAUAGAAGUCCGGUGCCCGGUAAAUUUGCCUGACAGUGAGGAAAGCUAGCACCCUUGUACGCUUAAUAUGGCGGCGAUGAGUAACGUUACCGACAGUGUGUCGACUGCUGGAAGCUGAACGAAGAGUUGAUAACCGCAUCCGAAGAGCGGAAGUUGUUCAACCAAAACACUCCGAGUGGACAAGACGGUUUCCCAUUUCUUGUCCUGUGCAGUGUGCAGAGAAGAGCUCCGUGGAGUUUAGGAGUUUGAAUAACUAAACAGGCACCUCGGCAGACAGGUGCUAUGAGCAGUGAGCUGAACGUGCCGAUGGGUUCCCCGGCCCCAGGGGCCUCAGAGCGGGCUUCAGACGGCGGGGGGAUGGACUACAGGGACUGGGUGAGACGCAGUUACCUGGAGCUGGUCAGCUCCAACCACCACUCGGUGCAGGCCCUGUCCUGGAGGAAACUCUACCUGAGCCGGGCCAAGCUGAAGGCCUCCAGCAGGACCUCGGCACUGCUCUCUGGCUUCGCAAUGGUGGCCAUGGUGGAGGUGCAGCUGGAGAUGCAGUACAGUUACCCUCCUGUGCUCCUCGUUGCCUUCAGCGUGUGCACCACCGUGCUGGUGGCGGUGCACCUCUUCGCUCUGCUGAUCAGCACCUGCAUCCUGCCCAACGUGGAGGCCGUCAGCAACAUCCACAACCUCAACUCGGUCAGCGAGUCGCCCCACGAGCGCAUGCACUACUUCAUCGAGCUGGCCUGGGGCUUCUCCACGGCCCUGGGCAUCCUGCUGUUUCUAGCCGAGGUGGUGCUCCUCUGCUGGAUCAAGUUCCUGCCCGUAGACUCCGGCGGGGCCCGAAAGGUAACCGCCUGCUGCACCACAACGGCCGCUGCCGGCGCCACGCCCACGACACCCCCACCCGUGUCGCGGAACAGCGGCUGGCAGGCUGCGCUGGCAUCCACCAUCAUCAUGGUCCCAGUGGGGGUGAUUUUUGUGGUGUUCGCCGUUCACUUCUACCGCUCUCUGGUGGGCCACAAGACGGAGCGUCACCACCAGGAGAUCGAGGAACUGCACAAGAUAAAGGUGCAGCUCGACGGCCACGAGAGAGGCCUCCAGACUGUGUGAUAACAUGGCCGCAGCCUUCAGGACUUCCCUCUGUGUGUCAUUGUGUAUCUCUUCUGUGACAUUUGUCCUGGUCAUUGUUAAUGCCUUGCUUGGACUGGUAGGCAGUGAGCUUUGAAGCUCCUCACUUUGCAGCACAGACAGCCAGUACAUGUCAGAGUGCUAAUUUAUUCUUAAGAUGCGUUGUAGGACCUUGUGUCUGUUUUUUAGAUCUGUUAUAGGCGUCGGUCAAGGAUAAUGUAAAAGGUUUACAGAAAAAGGGCUAUUAUGUUCUGUGUGCCAUUGUUUUGUUUUUUUUUAUUAUUUUGAGCCAUGUCUGUGUUUUCAUGGUAGGGUGUGGUGACGAAAGUGGGUUACAUUUUGGAUCUGGUUCCACCUCGGCAAAAUACCUGGAUUCACCGUGAGGCUAACAAAUCUCUUAUUGAAUCUUGUAUCUCCCCUCACGCCUUGCUAGCAAAGAGCUGCCAUCACUCUCGCCAGAGGAAAUGGUGAAUGCCAUAAGUAUCUUGCCAUAAUGCCACAAUAUGUAACGUGACUUGUUUGAUUAUUGUGCUCACUGUAAGCUGGUUUCUGUGCUCAGACAAAGAUGUGUUUGUUAGAGAAAGAAGAACCACUCUAACAACAGGAUUCAGGAUCCAGGAUCAAAGCUGAUUACAGAUCUGGUAGAAUAUAAUUGCGAUUAUUUCGGUCAAUAUUGAAAUCACGAUAAUUUAACACGAUUACUCGUUGACUUCUGGAAAGAUGUUGCAAUUAUUGAACUUAAAAACUGGAAAAAGUUAAAUAAAUCAACAGUAAAAAAAACACAACUGUGAAAAUUGCCUUAAUACUUAUUCUUUGUAAACUUUAUUAUUUCAUUCAGAACACAAGAGAAAAUAAGAGUUUACUUGCAAAUGUAACGUGCAUAAUGAGCUAAAUAAUUGUUUUUCUCGAUUA